CCCUAGCUAGUCCUAUAAAUACUCCACCAUCUAGCCUCUUCCCAUUCUCAAAUUCAAUGCUAAUUGAGUUCUUUGAGUGAGCUUUCAGGAUAUAUACAUAUGUCAUUCUUGUAUUAGUGUUGCAUCAGCUUCCUCACCGGUCUUCUCUAGUCGGGUUUUCAUUGCGCUGUAGAGUUCCUUCUCUGUGAAAUAUAGGUUGACCGCCAUGAGCAUCUCCAUGGUAACAAGCAGAAAUGUGGCACAAACCCUGAUCGAUAGUCCUUCCAGCAGUCGAAAACUGAUCAAUCUUCCAAGGCAGAAAGAGAAGGUGGUGGUGGUCAUGGGAGCCACCGGCACUGGAAAGUCCAGGCUCUCCAUUGACCUCGCCACCCUUUUUCCUGCACAAAUCAUCAACUCCGACAAAAUACAAGUCUAUGAAGGCCUUGACACAGCCACGAAUAAAAUCACCAAGGAAGACCGACGAGGGGUGCCUCACCAUUUGCUGGGAACAGAGAACCCCAACUCAGAGUUCACGGCCUCCCACUUCCGUGAAGCGGCUUUACUCACCAUCGAGUCAAUUACGUCUUGCGGACAGCUUCCGAUCAUCGUGGGAGGGUCCAACUCGUAUAUUGAGGCACUGAUCGACGAUGACGACUAUAAAUUCCGAUCGAGAUACGAUUUCUGUUGUCUCUGGGCAGACGUGUCAUUGCCCGUGCUCGACCAAUACGUGGCCAAACGGGUUGAUCAAAUGUUGGAGAGUGGAAUGGUAGAUGAACUGAGACCCUUUUUCAAUCCGAGGGGAGACUACUCACGAGGGAUUAGAAAAGCUAUCGGAGUUCCUGAGUUCGAUCAGUAUUUUCGAAACGAAUCGUGGAUAAGGGAUGAAGGAAUCAAGCAGAGGUUACUGGAAGAAGCGGUGAAUGAAGUGAAGAAAAACACGUAUAAAUUGGCACGUAAACAACUGGGGAAGAUUCAGAGAUUGCGCGACGUGAAGAGAUGGGAGAUGCAGCGGCUAGACGCGACAACCGUGUUCCGCAAGCAAGGGGAAGAAGCAGAGGAGGCAUGGAAGAAGGUGGUGGCUGAGCCAAGUGCUAUGAACGUCGCCAGGUUCCUUUACAAUAUUCCCUCUCCGAAUGUUGGCCCCCGCCUUAGACAGUCGUCGUCGGCCCUGGAAAGCGCCAUGGCUACGGCAACGUGCUGAGUACUUCACGUCUCUUCAGUCUCCGUAUCCUCCCACCCGGACAGUGAAAAACUAAUAUCUCGGGUACUAUCAGGCACCGUAGCACGGACCCCUCCCAACAGUGUUUAUUCCAUAUACACUGUCUCAAGGAUCAAACCCAGAACAUGAUGUUUAAGGUGCCCAAGUCCAUUUCACUUAGACCAACACUUGUUGG